AGCCCAGUGACAGAAGACUUAAAUUGUAUCCAACACGUAUUUCCAAGGUUUGCCAACAACACACUGAAAAACACUGGCUGUAUGUUGCCACAGCUGGGAUAUCGAAAAUAUAUAUAUAUCUGUAGACCCUAUAUACACCUCGAUCUUGGAAAUCUAAACAAACCGAAACCUCUCAGCGGAAAAAAUCUUGCUGAAGACGAUGAAACAAUUGUUAUCCCCAAGGACAAGAAACACUAAGGAAAUUACAGCUAGGGUGUGAAAAAUGUCCCAACAAAUCCAAGAAUUGGACCUGUUUGGCUCUUUCGGUUGAAGCCUGUAAGAUGCUAUAGUCUUUCAUUUCUAUUCAGCGUGAAGUAACUUUUCGAUGUUAUGGUCUGCGGGUGUUUAAGUUGAAGUAUCACAAUGAAAAUUUGUCUAUGGAAAUGUACCUACAUAAAGCUUUAUUGAUGGCAGUAUUACAAUAUUUCAGAUUGGUUUGUGUGUUAUUUGACAUGACUUCUCGUGAAGUAUUAUGUUCAAAUAAUUUUUUCAAUGUAUUAAAAUGUUGUUAAUCUCAUUAUAUCAAGGAUAAAUACUAUAAACCCUUUGAUAAGAAUACGUGUCCUUACAAAGGGCAAUCCGAGCAGAGAACUCAUUACAGAGUUAUCGUUCUUGAGUCGGAAAAUCUUGACAGCCAGCCACACCUACAUUUUCGUUACCAAGAAACGCAUUAAUAAUUCGUGAAGACGCUAGUGGAAACUAAUCUGGAAUUUUUAUAUACUUGUGUGAAGUGUGCCGACGGUAUUAACAAGCUGCAGAGUACUGGAAGCAUGAACUUUUUGAGGGGGAGCACAAAGUGAAGACACGCGGUUCGGGCGGCAUGGUGGCGAAUCAAGGUUAUUGACAUUGAGCUGAGCAGGACGAACCUGAAGAUCAGGAUAAGUGCAACACUACUGUUCAAGACCCUGUGUUAGAUCAUCAGGUGAUCUCAACAGAGCCCCAGCCAGCAACGAUUUACCCCACUCAGAACGUGGAAAACCAAACAGAAGACAUGGCCGCAGAGGGAGUGCUUCACAUGGAAACAGCCGUUUCCCAACAAGAUGCAGUCAGUGGUGAUGCUACUGCAAUUCAGGUGCUGUCCUCUCUGGAUACAUCUCUCCAGUCUCCAUCUGUGUUGAAACCUACAGAGACUGGCAGCAGCAUGGAGACAGUGCACCCAGAUGUCAGCGAAACUCCUACUACCAGUGGCAUUUCGAUAGAUGAACCAACGCCUACCAGUUCUCCAGAACCUAGCGAAGUCACAGGUGAUGAUUCCACUCCAGCCCUUGGUGUUGUGUCCAAUGGCAGUGCCUCGAAGGGGGAAGAUGAGGAGGACAUGGAAGGACAGGCUUCCAGACCUAGACUAGAUGACAUCAAUGCGUCAACUGCUGCUGCAACAGUAGACAACAAAGCUGAUCAGAAUGUGAGAACCUUGCCAAACAAAAACAAAAGGAAAGAGGACAAAGGCAUAGAGUACAUACUGAGAGCACUAAGCAGCUUGAGCACCCCAGAGGAAAAGUUGGCAGCCCUUUGCAAGAAAUAUGCUGAUCUUCACGAAGAGCACCGUGUUCUCCAGUCAUCAUUUAAGCAACAGCAAAGACGAAUGUCUGUUCUGGCUCGGGAGAAGGACCAGUUGCAGGCUGAUCACACCAAGGCUGUCAUUGCCAAAAGCAAGUUGGAGUCACUUUGUCGAGAGCUCCAGAAGCAUAACAAACUCAUCAAGGAGGAGAGUGUGCAGAGAGCAAGAGAAGAAGAAGAGAAAAGGCGAGAGAUCUCAGCUAAAUUUCAGACCACCAUUGCAGACAUUCAAAUGCAGAUGACCGAUAACCACGAAAAGAAUGUCAAGCUACGCGAGGAAAAUGCUGACUUGGCUGGCAAGUUGAAGAAGUUUAUUGAGCAGCAUGAACUCCGUGAACAGCAACUGGAGAAAUUGAUAAAACACAGAGAACUGGAGCAGCAGCUGGCAGACACCAAGCUGCAGCAGGCAGCCAUCAUCUUGAAGGAGGAGAAGGAGCGCAACCUAAAGGAGAAAGAGCUGCUGCUGCUACAAGCCAGUGAAGGACACAAGAAGAACUCUGUGCUGGAAGCUCAGCUGAUGAUGUACAAAGACAGAUACGAGGAGUUCCAGGCCACAAUCAACAAAAGCAAUGAUAUGUUCCAGAAGCUGAAAAGUGAAAUGGACAAGAUGGGCAAACGCAUCAAGAAACUAGAGAAAGAAGGGGCACAGUGGCGGGCCAAGUUUGAGGCCAGCAACAAGGCUCUCCUAGACAUGGCAACAGAGAAAAAAUCAGCAGAUAAGGAGAAGGAAGUACUACAAGUCAAAGUCCAAAAGCUAGAGUCAUUGUGUCGGGCAUUACAAGCUGAACUUCAUGGGAAAAAGACGAACAAAUCUCUCCCACUGCCUGCAGAAGCUGAAACAUCUGCUUUGAGUCCAGUGGAAGAUGUCUCCUUGUUAGCAGCAACACCAGACACACCAAACAGUAAAUUGCAGGCAAGUAUAGAGCAGACCAUAGCCAUCUGUUCAGAAACUGGUGAUCUCCAUCAUGAGGCCUGUAAUCCUGUAUCCAGUGACCAUGACAACCAUAGUUUACGAAACUCAUUGCCAGACAAUGCUGAAACCACCAUCACAGCAGAUGCAGACCAGGUGGGAUUGGCAGCCUCAUCUGACCUGAGUGCACUUGUCACAGACUCUGCUGAUGCCAACAACGCAGAAGUGAUGAAGUUGUUGAAGGAUUCUCACAGUUCUGCAUCUAGUUCUGAGAUGGCUAGCAGCGAAGGAGAAGUGGUGGCAGAAGUCAGUAGUGAAGGAGAAAUCCUGGUGACAGGAGCACCAAGCUCAGAGCUAUCAGCAGAGACCAUAGAGCAGGAUCUCCCUGCCGCUUUUGGUUCUCUGGCAGUAGAUACAGAACAAGCUGCAGCAUAGUUCUGCUGGUUGCAAAACUUCAGCUGGAAAUUCUCAAGCAUGAUUCAUUUAAAGGCUUUUUUUUUUGGUUGAUUGUUUGUUUCUCUUUUUUUUUUCUUUUUUUUUUUUUAAGCUUGCAUUUAACAAAUUGGAUCUUUUAUCUCUGACACCUCCUGCUUGCUUUUUAUGCCAGCCUGAGAGGUUAAGAGGAGUUAUAGAACAGAUGCCUUCCCAUUGAUUUACUCAACCCCCUUUUCUGCUGCUUCAGUUGAAAAUUGUAGCUUGUUAAGCCAGUUUUAAAUUUAGUAUAAUCCUUUGUGUCAUAGUUUCACUAAAUAUUUUAAGGUCAUUCCAUUGCAGGUGCUGCUUUCUAUUCUGCAGUGAUGCAUUGUGUAAUGAUGAUUUUGAAGAUGGUACUCAUCUUUGUUUUGCUUUUUUUUAAAAAUCUUUCAUAUAAUGCUAACAGCUGAGAAUAAACUGCAAGGGAUACUCUAGUAAGCAAUUGUUAACUGAGAAAUCAUUGUAUGAUCACAGUCAUUGACAGCAGUCUACUAGCAAAUGCAGCUUUUUUUGAGAUCUCAUUUAUUUUUUUUAACCGAGAACUCGCUGGAAAAAAAAUGUAGAGUGUUCAGGUCCCUGGUCAGUAACUGUUGAAAAUACCACAGGCAAUGAUUUUAUUCAGUGCUUGAACUUGCUGACUUUUUCAUUGAGGAUUUAUGUUUAGUAGAAGCAAUUCAUACUUUUAAGUACCUUACUACUUAAGAAUUUAUAUGUGGCCGAAAGUGCCAUAUCAUAUAUCUCAUUAUGCAAUUCAUUUUUGGUAUUUUAAGUGUGACCCAUUACAUUUAAGUUAUUAAACUCUGCAAUUGAAGGUGGAGGAAAUAUCCAACAGACCUACAUCUUUAAAAUUUUCGAAAAUGGAAUUGAUAAUUUGAGAAAGUGAGAUUUUAGUGUGUAUUUGUGCGUACGUGCAUGAAAGAGUGCAAGAGCUGAAGGGAAACUAGAGGGAACAGAUUUGCUGAAUGUGCAUUUCAUAUCAACAGGAGUUUUUUUGGGCAGAAUGUGGGUUAAUGGGGACGAAGAGUCAUAAUUUUGGCAGCAUCUGUAAGAAUAAAUAAUUUAUCCACCUCUUUGUCUAUCAUUCCUCUCCACGAGCCAAAGCUAUGGGGUUAACAGUUUGUUGUUGUGCAGCACUGAGUUGAAUGUUGAAAUCAGAAUAUAUGCAGAUAUGCUGUGAAGAUGCUGCUGUACAAGCUAUUGUAGCUGCAUUUUAACAAAUAGAAUGCACUUUGUGAAGAUUGCUGUAAAAGGAAUUUGCAUUUAAAUGUUUAGAAAAAGGUUUUAAAGCCCCACCUAGUUGAUCCUGUGAAAUUAUGAAACCCAUUUGAAUUGCAUUUUUGUUAUACUGGAUGCUUUUCUUUGAGAAGAAAGAUUUGUGAUGGCUUUUCCUUGAGAAAAAUAAUUACACAAUAUGUGAAGAA